AUGCGACUGUAUGAUUGUGAUAGUCACAAGAUAGCUGAAGAUUUAAUUGAGAAAACAAGAAAUUCAUAUCGUUUCAGAUUUAGUAUAAAUAGUCAAAGAAAACUAGAAAUGUUACUGUGGCUUAUUCUCUGCUUAUCCGCCCUUGUGAUCGACAACGCAAGCAUCCUUAACGACGACAACAAAAAUCAUAAUUUUACCUCGCGAUGCAGGAAAUUUCAUCAUUCAACUUUGUUUCAUAAUAUCUCCUUUUUUUUCAACAUAUUUUAA